AUGUCCCUACCGCAAAUUGCUUCGGAGGCUGCCCCUCCUUCCGCCACGAAUGCUGUCUUGAUGGCCUCAGAACCCGUCCCCGAGGGGACGCACCUGGUCCGAGGGGUGGAUUUCGAGCAAUUUAAAGACCGCAAUGUGACUGUUGCCGAAAUGGUCGACAAUAUGAGGUAUAUGGGGUUUCAAGGGAGUGCAGUCGCUGAGGCCGCUAGCAUCAUCAAGGAAAUGCGAGCGUACUCCCACCCUGAAACUGGCGAGAAAACCACCAUUUUCCUCGGGUACACGUCCAACCUCAUUUCGUCCGGUUUACGAGACACUAUCCGCUAUCUUGUCCGCAAUCGUCACGUUUCCGCUAUUGUUACGACGGCUGGGGGUGUAGAGGAGGAUCUGAUUAAAUGCCUGGCCCCGACUUACAUGGGCUCUUUCACGGCGCCCGGGGCUGGUCUCCGUGCCAAAGGACUAAACCGGAUCGGAAAUCUUCUGGUACCGAACAGUAAUUACUGUGCCUUUGAAGACUGGCUAGUCCCGAUCUUGGAUAAAAUGCUGGAGGAACAAGAGGCAGCCAAAAAGAAGGCAUUGGAAACGGGAGAUGAAGAGGACGAGUUACACUGGACUCCGAGUCGAGUAAUCGAACGCUUGGGUCGUGAAAUUGAUAAUGAGGACUCCGUACUCUACUGGGCCGCUCGCAACAACAUUCCGAUCUUUUGCCCUGCUCUCACGGAUGGCUCCCUGGGAGACAUGCUAUACUUUCACACCUACCGAUCGUCCCCACAGCGACUACGAAUCGACAUUGUGGAUGAUGUGCGUCGUAUCAACACGAUGGCCGUUAGGGCAGCCUGUGCAGGGAUGAUAAUUCUUGGGGGUGGUGUGGUCAAGCAUCACAUUGCCAAUGCAUGUCUAAUGCGGAAUGGAGCGGAAUACGCUGUCUAUGUGAACACGGCUCAGGAAUUUGAUGGAAGCGAUGCGGGAGCCCGGCCUGAUGAAGCCGUAAGCUGGGGCAAAAUCAAGGCGGAUGCCAAGUCAGUGAAGGUAUAUGCGGAGGCCACCGUCGUCUUCCCACUUAUGGUUGCAGCCUCAUUUGCUCGGGUCGACCAGCCCGCCUCAUAA